UCCAUCAUUUAUUUACAGUUAACAUACUUGGAUUUUAUAAACUGAGCAUAUUUCACCCUUUUCCCACUCUUCCUUUCCUACCUCCAGUUCUCCAGAGAAAUGUGCUCAAAGCACAGAGAUCACAGAAUAAUUUUGAUAGCACAAAGGAAUGUUACUGUUUUUAUGGAGCUGUGAAUGUUUAAAACAUGCAUUGAUGGUGAAUGUAUUAACAUGCUGCCUGCUGCUGAUGCUGCGCAACUUUUAGAAUGGGACAGCCACUGGAUAAGAAAGGCAGAAUAACUCAAGGCCUGCAGCCACUCCUUGCAAUAGUCGGGAAUGGAAGGAAUUUUGAUGCAAAGAAUUUUAAAAAGCCACUUGAUGCAGUUGGAAAAACAAGGACAUGAAUUGUGAAAUAGUUUUGUUCUUCCUAGGACUGGGCCUGCUGCAGUCUCUGCAAACUGUCCGUAUGUCAUCCAAUGGCAUACAACAGAUUGAUCUGAAUGAUUUUCAGAACUGUUCACAGCUGAAGGACAUCGACUUGCAAAACAACCACAUAACUAAAAUUCACCCAGAUGCCUUCAGGGAGCUCAACAAGUUACAGGUGGUAGAUCUCCGUGGAAAUGCUCUGACAACCCCCCUACUGCACAUACUGAUCAGUUUGAAGUUCUUUCAAAUUGAAGUGGAUUUGCCAAAUAAUGCCUGGAUAUUUAAUUGCAGACUGAACGCUUUCAAAAACUUCAUUCAUCUUCUUUUUGACCCCACAAGGAAAAAAAUGAGUAUUUCAUACAAUAAAUCUGGCACCAGCUCACAGAAACCUCUGCUCUAUCUUUCAAGUUUGCAUUUAAACUGCAGCGACAGUGUUUUGCUCAAGGGGGCUGCCAUCCCAACAGGGAAGAUGCUAGUGCUAAACUGUAAUUUGGGCAACACAAGAGGUAAUAAGAAUGGAGCCUCUUGGUGGACACCUAAUGGCAGAAUUUCAAAAGAUAUGAGUCUUCCUCAUAUGACACUGGAUAAAAUGAAUAAUUUAGUGAUACACAAUGCUGAGAAAGCUGUUAAAGGGUUAUAUUUGUGUAUUUCUAAUACAACAAAGAAGAAAUAUCUCAUCUAUGAUAUACAGGUGAAAGAAAGGGGCUCAACAUUUUUGGCUCGCAAAGCCCGAGAUGCUAACCCUGCUUUGCGACAAGGAAGAACAGAGCAAGACCUUACACUGGCUGUGUGCCUCUCGGUGCUCAUUACAUUUGUUUGUGCUUUUUGCCUGGGUGCUUUUGCUAGACCCUACCUUGGAAGCCUGUGGAGACUCAUGUGCAGGAAAAAGAACUCAGCUUCAGAACAUACUUAUUGUAACCAAGCUUUUUCAGAUGAAACCUUGAGCAGAGAGUGCUCUGCAAGCACAAGCAAACCAACCAAUACACAGCACAGCUUGUUCAUUUGUGAUGAGGAUUCUUCAAGGAACGUGUAUGUUCUUCCUACAGAAGCUUCUACUUCACAAGCAAAUGUCAUUGGUAGCAGUGUAUGUGCACCAAAUACUGAAGAAGAGUACCAGAAACAAAGCAAUGAUGAGACCAAUGUGAAGAAAACAUCUUUUUUUUCAGGCAUCAAAACUAGCAGCAGCAAUGAUGAAAAUGUAAAUGUUGAGGGUAAUGGGCUGUUUUCUGUAAGAACAGAUGACAAGGACAGCAAGGAAGUAACGCCAAGAAAAUUAAAUAAUAAUGAAAUUUCACUACAGAAAGAUCCAAUAUAUGCAAAUAAUGAAGCCUCAGAGAAGAGCAGGAUCCCUCCCAUACGCAGGAGAUCAAAUGCUGACUCUUACUCACAUCACACUGACUCCUCAGAUCCAGAAUUACCCUUCAAGGGAGAAACUGGCUUUCUACUUUCCACAAUACAAGCACGUACAGUUGCACAAGAUUCUAGGAACAGCAAGGUAAGCAAGAGCUCUGCUCUGCUGCAGUCAGAUAUCACAGGGGCUACACCAGAUUCUCCUGAAAGAAAAGGUGUUGUUCCACAAAAUGAAGCCACGAACACUACAAAAUGUAUGCCUGGAAGGCAAAGCUGUGAUAAACAACAUUGUCUAAGUGGCAACAUAGAUCUAACCAGUGAUGUGGGAGAUUUUAUUCUACCCGGUAGCUGCAGAAGAAAUACAAAUAUUGAGAAUUUAAGCAUCUACCAAACAAUAGAAAACUCUUCUCUUACAGAGUACAACUGUAAAGCAGAACCCACAAAUGAAAGAGGUGCUUCGGCAGAUAUAUUUGAUGAUAGUUUUUCAGAUGAGGGGGCUCCGUUCACAAUGAGUGACUGUAGUUCUUUAGCAGACUUUGAACCGGAACAAGCUGAUGUUAGAGACAGCCUGCCUGUCUGUCAGUCAUCACCAGAGGAAGCUGAUAGGAGCAGUGGAACUGAGAAGUGCUCAAUGCUGCCAGAAUCUGCAAAGCUUGCCGCUGGACUUCAGUGUGUUGGGGAAAAUGAAGACAAGAACAACGUGCAUUUUGAAACUGCUAUUAAUUAUGGAUCAGAUACCAUCAUGCUUGAAACAGCGUUGCCUUACGCUGAUAAAUGCAGCGUCCAUGUAAGCAUGUCAGAUCCAGACACAAUUAGUUCUCCAAAUCAAGACGUUCCUGUUACAUUUGAUCACUUCAUUAAUGCCAAGUCAGCAGCACAGACCUCGGUUUCUGAUUCUCUCUGCAAUCCAAGUGCAGGUUUUGGUAACAUGUUACUUUCAUUAAAACAUUCUCCCAUGUAUGAUGCAGAUACAGAGAACACUCCCGAAGAGGCUGAGCUGCAGCCAGAUCAGUUUCCCACCGAACCACAGCAUUCCCUCAGCUUCAGUCCCACUGGACAAAAGGCAAAUGCACUAGAGGGAAGUACAGAUGAACAGAAAGAUAGGAACUCCUCUGAAAAGAAUCACGGUGAAGGAGACACAGCGCUAAGAAACACAUCUGACAACAGUGAUUUCAUUUUUGCUCCCACUGAUACUGGUUUGAGUGAAAUUGUUAAAAGAACAUCACUGCUGCAUUCGAGCAACAACUCACCUCCUCACUCGCUGCCUGAACACACAGCUGAAAAACAGCUGACAGUUAUUACAGGGACAGAAGACUUGCUACCACAGAGGAAGCAGGCACACACACCUAAGGCUCAUGCAGAUGUAAUGCAAAGAGGUUUUAAUAAGAAAAACUGUGAUGGAUACACGGAAUUACAGGAUACCAGCAACUGCAGCCUGCCUGAAGCAGCAGAUUUGCUGCAUCUUCACUCUUCUGGGAAAACACAACCAAUAUUUGACACAGAUCAUUUUCAGGUGGAUCAGAGUGAUGAGGAUGCGUAUUUCCUCUCAAUCCCACAAGGCUUCUCCAGUGAAAGCACACGAUACACUUCAUGCUCAUUCCCGCAAACGACUACAGGGAAUACAAUCUCCAAAAGCACUCAUUCCAGAAAGGUGGAGGAUGACACUACUUUGACAGGACUGCAGAACAGUUCUACGGCAGCUGUCAACCUCCAAAAUUCAAGCGAGAAACUCCAUCAAAGAGGUCAGACCAAUUUAGGGCAGGGACAGGUUUUUGUUAAGAAGAAGAGAGCAUUUGAUGGAUUUGCUAAGGUUUUGGAAAGCAGGAGAACAAACUUCAAUAGCUGAGACACAAAAACAUAACACUGGGCUUCCACAGUGUUUAUGUCAUACAGUAGCUGCAAAAAUGAUUGUGUCUUAAAAUGAAGUGUGUAACUUUCCAUAACUGUUAAGUAGCCUGGGCUGGUUUUGCUGGGGUUUUUGGUAACUCUCAGUACAACCAUCUAUCUGCCUUUAAGUUCCAAAAGCCAAGUUAUAGAACUAGAGCGUAUGUCCAAUUUAAAACCACUGUAAUUCCAAAGGGUAAUUCGGGUCAGAACCCGU